AUGACCGGCCCGGGAACGUUACCACAUCGACAACUUGAUCCACGGCUCGUCGCAGCACUGAGCGGAUUCGCGCUUUGCUACACUUCAUGGCCUCAUCCUUCGAUGCUCGUAACCAAGAUUGAAAAAUUUGUAUGCACCGGGAAAUCCGCUCGUCCUUCGGGGGCAUUGAGCGAAGGAGUGACCGUCACGAUGUCACGUUCAACUCAAAGUUCAUUGUAUGAACCUUGUGAUCUCGAGACGCAUUGGCCCCUUUCAGACUGGGCCACUGAUUACAUGGGAGCAUCUGCCGCAUCGAUGGAGCACGCGAGCGGGUGGACUAGGUAUCAACUUGGUCGCGGCCGAUCCGGCUACCUUUCAAGACCAGGAUUAGGUACACAUUUCGUUAUAGAGAGCGUGUGGAUCUCUGUAUACGGGGAUCCAUGGAUUCGGGAUGAGGUCGAGUUCUGUUCUGACGAUUCUUUCUCUCCAGAAAUGGUCGACAACUUGAUCCACGGCGCGACCUCGCAUCUUGUCUAG